CUGUUGUAAAAACACGUGUUGAGAAAAUGUGAAAUUGAAGUCGGUGGUAAUCUAGAAUUACGCUAAGUUUUUGUAUUUUGUUUGAGUACAGAUAAUUAUAGAAAUAUGGGGAAGAAAGACCAAACGUUCAGGUACAAGUCCUUCACAGAUAGAAUAUCAAAGAUCAACAUUGAUGUCAUUCGUAAGAUACGACAUAAAGAUGAUACUAUCACAGAAGAAUCUACCUAUUUUUAUGAAGCUAUAAGAAAAUGGGUUGAUCUAGAUUGUACAGAGGAUUUUUAUAAAUUCAGGUGCGUUAUUGCAAAUCAGUUUCAAUCAUUUGAACAGCUAGUUCAUAAUGAGGAGAAUAUUGUGGCAGGCCUGAAAGAACAUCUUCAAGUACCAAACAGUAUGGCUAUGGAAUCUUUGCUGGAUUUGGUUGUGCAGCUAGCACGAGAUUUACAAUCCGACUUCUACAAACAUUUCAAAGACUUUCUCUUCAUUUUAACCAACCUUUUGAAAACCUACCGACAAGAUCCAACAAUAUUAGAAAAAAUAUUUACAACUUUAGCAUACUUAUUUAAAUUUUUGUGGCGUUAUUUAGUUAAAGAUAUACAAGAGGUAUAUGGGUUUUUUUCUGUACUAUUACAUGGUAAACAGAGAGAUUUUAUUAAAGAUUUUGCAUCAGAAAGUUUCUCUUUUCUGCUGAGAAAGGUUCCUGAUCAAAACAAGUUGUUGAAUUUUUUGUUUAAAAGUCUGAAACAAUCACCAGAGACAUCAGAAGGAUUGGGUAAACUACUGUUUGAAGUGAUCAAAGGCGUCAAUCACCAAUUUCAUAGUAUAAGUGAACAGCUUUUACCUAUAUUAUUUUAUAAACUUGGUCCAUGGAACCCAGAUGAAAAGAAAUGCAAGCUACCUUGGAAAUUAGUAGAUAAAUCAGUAACUUUCUUUAUGGCAGAAUGUCUUGAAUACACCAAGAAAGAAUAUUCUGAAAUAUUGUGGAGCACAUUAUUGGAUACUAUAAGUAAGGUUCAUAUAGCUUGUACAAAGAGUAAUGAUGAAGAACAGAAAACAUUAUGUUGUCAACUUGCCAGACAGAUAAAUCUACUCACUAUGAUGAUCAAAUGUAAAAAUGGUGGAUUGAUGAUUUCUACUGAUAAAAUUGGAGAUGUAUUAAAUGGUAUAUGUAAAAGUCCAGCAGAUAAAACUAUUAUAGCCAGCUCCUUAUUAUCAUGUAUAUCUACAUUAUUAACAAAUACCUAUCUUGUAUCAUCUACACAGAGUUUAAUAUCUAAUCCAUUUAAACAAAGUUUCCCUCUACAAGAUCUAGUUAUAUUCACCAAAACUCUCACCAAGCUUCAUAUGUUUGAAAAGGAUGUGCUGCCUAAUUUACUAUUGUAUAUAAAUAGCCAUUUUACUACAAUGGAUGAAGAUGAUAGAAAUCUUGUAGUACAGAUAUUAGUUGAUAUAAUACUACAGAAAUCUGUACUUAAUAUAGAAGAUGGUUCAGAUAUAUUAAAGUUAAAGUUAUAUAAGUUAUACAGUAAAUAUAGUGACAAAUAUGAAGUUAAGUGUGUCUAUGAGUAUAUGAUUAAAUACCUAAAAACAUCAUGUAAAGAUAUAAAUAAACAAACACUGUAUAGAUUAUGGUCUUUCUUGAUAUGCCUACCUAAUAUAUGUUCUGAUGUAAAACAGGUUGUUAGUAUAUGUACUAUGAUGUGGAAUUCUUUGUUUAAAGUUGUUAAUAAAAUAAAUUGUGGUGAAAAGAAAGAUAAGAUGUUAUUUAUUAUGAAUCAAGUAUUAGUUAACUAUUUGUUGUUGUGUAAAGAUGACAAGAGUUGUACAUACACUGACAUUUCCUGGUCACAGAUUCUACAACUUAUUAAAGCGUAUCCCCAGAAUGUCUUAAUAUUGCGAUUAGGUGAUUUGUAUUUAAGUCAAGCAGCACAAGAUGGUUUAUCUGUAAUAAAUGACGAUAAUCUACUGAAGUUAUUUGAUAUUUUGCAACCUAACUUAGCUCAUUGGUCUCAUAAGAUUCGGUUGUUGUCUCUUCAUAUUUUAUCUAUAUUUCCUGUAAAGCUACCAGUUGUAGAAGAGGAAAUAGAACAGAUGUCAGUAUUGGAGAUUUGUUUAUCAGCAGAAAGAACACCAGCUAGUGUACAGAAAUAUAGAGAACGUAUUGUACAUCUACAAAAACUAGAUUACAACUUAGUACAUAACUUUCUUCCUAUUGGUCCUUUUAAUAAGGUACCAUUACUGUACCUAAUAGGCAACCUGUUCUGUAAUCUCACAUUACUAUGGGAGAAAGUUAGGACAUUAAUUUCAACUCAUGCUGAAAAUAUGGAUACAUCUGAGUUUUGGAAGGAAUUCAAGCAACAACUUGAUUUUGCUUCUUUAAAAUCAGAACAAAGUUUGGUGCGAGGAAGAAGUGUUGGAGAGGAAGGUAAUGAUUUAGAAAAUGAAGAAGUUGAUGAUAAUUUGGAUCUUUAUAUGGACUCAUUAUUUGAAAAUCAUGUGACAUUCUGUAAGGAGGAAGAUAGACAGCCUGAUUUCACCAUAUUUAGACUAGAACUGUGGAAAGCUAUGCAACAGUUCCCUGAAGUUUGUGAAAGUCAGAUUGAUGAUAUUGGUGAUAUGGUCCUAAAAUUUAUCAAAGAUGAGUAUUUUCCUACUGAUGUUGAUAAAAUACCAUCACAGAAUAUCAAAUAUAAUAAACGUGAACAUAAGACAAGUGAUGAUGAAGAUGAUGAUGAGGAUGGGGAUGCAGUAGAGGAGGAAGACGAAAAUGAAAACACUGACCAACAGAAAAUUCCUUUUUCAUUUAGGAGGAAGAAUGCUGCUUCAAAAUCACUUGUAACACAUCUCCAGCUGCUAGCUUUAUUUACUAAACCUAAAAAGAUGAGAAAACAUCCCCAGUUAUUAGAUCUAUAUACACAGUUUUUACAACACCAAGAUCCAGAAAUACAAACAAUAGCCUUUAAAUGUCUGCUAUGUUACAAGUUUAAAUAUAUAACUCCAUACAAGGAUCAUAUACUAAAUAUAUUAAACAAUACAACAUUUAAAGAAGAACUGAUUGUAUUUGGUUUAGAUGAAGAGAUUACAAUAAUUAAAACAGAACAUAGAAAAGAUAUUCUACCACUUUUAUUGAGAAUAUUAUUUGGUAAAAUGUUGAGUAAAGCCAGGAAAGAUGGAUCUGGUAGAAUAAAAGAUACAUUAAGAAAAGAUAUGAUAUUCAGGUUUUUGAGUGGGUGUACAGAAGAUGAAUUAGAAUUUUACUUGAAACUUGUCUUUUCACCGAUUACUCAUUUUAUCACAGACAAUCCUUUGGAUAUGGUGAGGCAGGUUGAAAAGAGCCUUGAUUUAACAACUGUGAUACCAUUAAAAAAACUAAAAGCAUUAUUGGGUAUGAUGGAUGUGGUAAUAAAAAAUUUAUCUCAGAGAUUAGAUUUCUAUGUGCCAUCGUUAUAUCGUAUGAUAUUAGGUUUAUAUACUAUGUUUAAUACUAUAUUAAACCAAUCAACUAAUGUACGACAUGCUGUAUUAGAUACAGUUAGAACAUGUAGACAUGUCACAUUAGUUAGAUUAACACAGGUUUUUGAAGAAUUUGAUAAGUAUGAUUACACAGCCAGUGAUAUAGAUGCUUUAUUUGAAACUAUUGUUUGGCCUAAGUUGGUUAAUUUGAAUAAUGACACCACAUCCUAUGUAACACCAUUGCUAUCACUCUUCAACAUAUGGUCGAAAAACCCAAGAUACUUUUAUUUGCUGAGAAAAGAACAUCCUGAUAAUAAAGGAAUGACACCAUUAUCUCAGAUAUUUCAUCUGUUAAAUAAAGAAAAUAUAGAUAUAAAAAUAUCUCAGCUUAUAAUGAAUAUGGUCUAUCAGUUUCUAUAUUAUGGUGAAAACAACACCUCUACAGAAUUAGAUGCAGAUGAGGAAGAAAUGGACACAGAUUCUGGAUCAGAAGAAGAAGAGUCCCUCGGCCAACAUAGACCAGAUGAAGAAGAAAUGGAGAUAGUUAAGAAAGAAGGAAUAGAAUUAUUAUUACCACAUAUAACAGAUAUCUUUCAAUAUCUACAUAAUAUUGUUAAGAGAAAUAGUAAAACAAUUCGAAAGAAAGGUGAUAGUGUUGAACUGAAGAUAUUACAGAGGAUAUGUGGUUAUAUCAGUGAUAAAACACAAUGUGCUAGUCUAUGUAGUUUAUUACUAUCAUUCUUCAGUAAGAAAAAAAAAUCUACACAGGAAGGAGAAGAGAAUUUGUUAGAAAGUGUACAGAAUUUAUUAAAUGUAGUUGAUCAACCAACAGAUUUCUAUAGACAAGUGUCAGAUCUGUUUUUUAUUAUUGGUAAUAGAAGUUCCAGACAAAUGUUAUGUAAUAUUUUUAAGCUUGUAUGUACAACACCAAUAGCUGAUAUUGUUAUAAAGUUGAACUCGUGGAAUCCUAAAAGAACUGAUGAACCAGAUUAUCGAGUGAGAUUGGAUGCUUUUAGUAGUUAUAAUACAAUGGUGAAAGAUGCUACCAGUUUAGACUGUGAUUUUCUUCUACCUGUAAUACAGAAUUGUUGUUAUUUUAUAAACUCUGAAGAUGAUAUGUCAUUAAGAGAUAGUAGUAUUAAUUGUUUAACUGUCAUUAUAAAACAGAUGGCUUUAAUAAAUGUAGAUAAAACUGUAUAUCAAACUGUUAUAAAUCAGAUUAUUAUACCACGUGUUAAACAUGGAUUGAUAGCAAAAACUGAUAUUAUUCAACAUGAAUAUAUAUCACUGUGGGGUGUAUUAGUAGAACAGUUUCCACAUGAUCCAGUUUUCUCAGAACUACAGGAUCUAAAAGAUCCUUCAAUGGAUUUAGAUUUCUUUGAAACUAUUCGACAUAUUCAGCUACAGAAGAAAGCGAUAGCUGUACGAAGAUUACAGAAAUAUCUAGAAACCCAUACACCCAGUAGCGGAGUAAUAAACCAUUAUUUUCUGCCUAUCAUAAGUAGAUUUAUAAUAGAUGAAUCUUACGGUAAACAGAAUGAUCUAGUUGACUCAGCUGUAGAGACAUUAGGUGUUAUAUGUAAACAACUACCAUGGACAGCCUACUAUCAACAACUUAAACAAUAUCUACAAUUACUUAUAAAAUCUAUAUCACAGCAAAAAUUAUUUGUCAGAGUUAUAUCCGUGAUAUUAAAAUCGUUCCAUUUCAACCUGUCUAAAUCUUUAUAUAAACCACCAGUAAAGCCUUUUAUGGGAAACCCAAGACCUAAUAAGAAAUUCAAAGGUAAAGGUAAGAAAGAUGAAGAAGACAAGAACCCAAUGGUGGAUGAUUUAGAUGAUGAAGCAACAGAGGAGAAAGGAUCUGAAGAUUUGGUAGAACUAGGACCUAAGAAUGCUAAUAAGAAAUCAGAUAUGGAAAUGUGUACAGAAGAAUUAGCUACAGAGAUACAUAGAAAAGUAGUUAAAGAAAUGAUACCUUGGUUACAUAAAGUUUUAACUCAAAGAGCUAAGAGUGAGACCCAGCAUAAAUCUCAGAGAUCUAGUUUUGCCCGAGAUGAUGAGGUAUUACGUGUACCAUUAGCUUUGGCUAUGGUAAAACUCUUACAGACAUUACCUCACAAAAUACUAGAGGUCAAAUUACCAGGUGUGUUAUCAAGGGUAUGUUUGUUCUUAAAGUCUCGAGCUAAAGAAAUAAGAGAGAAUGCUAGAGCUACAUUAUGUAAAAUCUGUGUAGCUCUAGGACCACGAUAUUUCUCAUUUGUGUUAAAACAAAUGAAGUCUGUGUUAGUUAAAGGAUAUCAGCGCCAUGUUUUAUGUUAUUCUGUACAUAAACUGUUAGUACAUAUAUCACCUAAAUUGAAAGCAGGAGACCUUCAACCAGCUCUAGAGAUUAUACAAGAGAUAUUUAUAGAAGAAAUGUUUGGUAAGGUAGCAGAAGAGAAGGAAGUAGAAGCUAUUACAAAUCAAGUGUUUGAAGCUAAAUAUAAAAAAGGUCCAGAAUCAUUCUUCAUUAUAUCUCAAUUCUUACGUCCUAAAUCUUUAAACCAGUUGAUUGCACCACUAAAAGAGAAAUUAGAAACUACAUCAUCACAUAAGAUAGCACAGAAAGUAAGAGAUGUAUUAGAGAAAGUCUCUAUGGGUUUAUUAAUUAAUACAUCUUUAAAUGUACAAACAUUGAUGAUAUUCGUACAUGGUUUAACAGCUGAUAAUCUAGCAGCUUUAGAAGAUACUAAAUUAGAAAAUAAGAUAGAAGAGAAUAAGCAUGAAGGAGAGAGACCACCAAGUUGUUUAUUGUUACCAGAUAAUGUGCCACAUGGUAUUACUAAAUCUAAACUACAUAAACAUACAAAUAUACAUAUUAUUGUCGAGUUUGGUUUACAUUUGUUAGUGAACUGUUUAAAGAAAUUAGAUCAGAAUAAAGAAGAAAAUCUACAGCUAUUAGAUCCUCUUGUAUCAACAAUAUCUGAUUGUUUGUUUUCUAAACAUAUACUGGUAAACACAUACAGUUUAAGAUGUGUUACUUACAUAUUAAGGUUUCCUUUACCUAGUUUAAAGAAAUUUAUGCGUAAAAUAGCCAAUGGUAUGUUUAUUCUAUUGAAAAAUUACGCAUCUGCUGGUGCAGCAAGGGGACAGAACUCUGAACUAGUCAACAUGUGUUUUAAGGCUGUAACAGUAUUAGUGAGAGAUGUGUCAUUCUAUAAUAUAGAUAAAGAUCAACUACAAGUAUUGUUAUCAUUCUGUGAAGAAGAUUUAUUAGAUUAUAACAGACAAAGUACAGCUUUCUCUUUACUCAAGGCUAUAUUAUCACGUAAGAUAGAUGUGGUUGAAUUACAUGAUUUAAUGAAGAAAUUAGAGGAUAUUAGUAUAACCAGUGAAAUACCUAGUACUAGAUUACAGAGUAGACAGUUAGUUCUGCAGUAUCUGUUAGACUACCCUCUAGGUAGAAACAUCAAUAAUCAUAUCCAGUAUUUUGUGGCACAGCUACAGUUUGACCGUGAAUCUGGUAGAGAAUCUGCUCUAGAAAUGAUAGCUACAAUGAUAGCUAAAUUUCCACCGAAACUGCUAUGCUUUCAUGCUGGAAUGUUUUUUGUCCCAAUGGCAGCUACUAUGGUAAAUGAUGAUUCUGAAAAAUGCAGGAAGUUAACUGCUAUUUGUCUAAAGGCUUUAUUGGAAAAGGUAGAACUAAAGAAGAAGAAUGAGCUGUUUUCUAUAACUAUGACCUGGUUAAAAGAUAAUAAGGUUCAACAUAGGUCUUUGGCUGCUCAACUGUUGGGCUUAUUUGUAGAAAUAGAAGGUGAGGGAUUUGAUAGCAGAUUAACAGAAGUUCUACCUUUAAUAAAACAACAAAUAGAUCCUACUAGAUAUGAAGAGGUUGGUGAAAGUGUAAAUAAAGAUGUGGACAGUUCACUAUAUAGACUAUUAAAUACAUUAGCUAAAAUUAUUAAAGUCUGUCCUAUAUUACGAGAUAAAACCUGGCAGGAUGAUAUGAAUACAAUUUGGGAACAUGUAGAGAAUCAUUUAGAACAUCCUCAUAAUUGGGUUCGUUUGAUAGCAGCCCAACUAUAUGGGUUAUUAUUUGGUGCAUGGACUCCUCAAGAAAUAUCUGAUUUUGUAGAUAAACCUGAUGGCAAGGAAACCGAUCAUUAUUUUUCCUUUGAUACAGAAAAUAAGUUAAUUAAUCUAGUGUGUUUGUUCUGUAAUCAAAUGAGAUCAGAAUAUUUAGAUGAUGAUCUUAUCACACAGAUCAGUAAGAAUAUGUUAUAUAUGGGCAAAAUAUUUAAGUUGAUAUCAAGAUCGGAGCCUGUCAAGGAUGAUAAAGAUGAUAUAGAAGAAGCAGCAGAAAAUGAAGGAGAUGAUCCGUCUUUAACAUUAUCCUGGCUGGUAGCUAAAAUGAUCAAUGAAGCUAAUGAGGAAAUAGUAGCCAAGUUUAGUAAAGAUACUAUAAAGAGAAAUGGUGUUAUUAAAUGGAUAGCAGCAUUAAGUUUAGAACUUGAAUCUGAUCAAUUAUCAGCCAUUUUACCAAUAAUCAUGCCAUUAUUACAGCGGGAAUCAGUAUCUGGUUUAGAUGUAGAAUUAAAGCAACUAGCAGAUGAAGUUUUAAACAUGAUAAAGAAAAAGAUACCGAUUGAAACAUUUUCAAAAGUUUAUGCCGCUAUACAAAACAUGAGAACAGAACGACGAGUUGAGAGAAAGCGCAAGAGAGCUGUUCAGAUGAUAACAAAUCCAGCUUUUGCGACAUCUAAAAAGAUUAGAAAAAAUGUGGACAGAAAGAAAGCUAAAAAACGCCAACAUACUGACAGUAUAUAUAAUAGUUUUAAAUUACCUAAAAAUAAAAAAUCCAAGAGAAAAUGAGUAUGCAAUAACAUUAAAAUGUGAUCUGUAAAAUAACUGGUAGAAAAGAACACUGCAGUUGGUAUCAA